AUGAAAAGCAAACUCCGUUAUUUAAGUCUGCUCGUUCUCGUGUCUACGAGUUUUACAGUGAUUAUGGAGCCCAAGGAGCAUAUUACUUUAGACGAUGGACAUUCUUAUAGCUUCAACGAAGUUCUCGGUUCAUGUCUUACCAAGAAUGAACAUGGUACAUUCGAAUGUGUAAAUCGUGGCAUUUUAAGUACCUUGCAGUCAUUAAACGACAAGGAUUGUUUGGAGUUUGGAAAGAUGCGACUUGACAGAGCGGAGGGCUACGGUAGAGAUCUUCUGGAUUUGGAUUACGAUCCGAAAGAUUUCGGAAAUGUUAUAAAGGCAGCUGCCAGACUGAUGGAACGCCGCAAUGUCAAGUGGAAUUUGGAUAAUAUAUAUCCGGGAUUACAGAUGCGUAUCGGACCAAUGCUAAACGGAAACGGAAUAUUGGAAUUUGUUCUUAACGAACGAGUUCCUUCGUACGGCGAUAGGCAGACUGGUACAGGAAGGCAGUUGACCAGACACAUUUUACUGCCUUUUCUGUUGGGUUUCAAAUUUAAUCUGGCGUCACUAAUCCCGCUUAUGUUCGGUUUCCUGUUAAUCGUGACCAAGAAGGCCCUCUUAUUGACGAAGAUGGCGUUGUUUCUGAUCGGUCUUUUAGGAUGGAACACGCUUUCUUCCGGGGCACCUGCUGUACCUCCUUACUCACCGAACGCGUUUAAUGGCUUCCACACUUAUGGACACGAGACACCGGGUGGUGUAUACACCCAUUACGAUUACCAUUACCCGCAACGACCUUAUAGACCCUUACAGGACUAUAGUCCUUAUGAUCAACAUGUUAUUAGAGAAGUUGUCAAUGUUUAUGACGGAAAUAGCGAUUCGGGACAAAUGACUGCUAAAAGUGAAUAUACAAGUCUGUUUGAACGGUGCGCAAACGAAAAAAACACCUUCAAUUGUUUCAAACGGCGUGCCUUGGAAAUUCUCGACUCGGCUAUUCAAGAUGAUUCUGUAUAUAAAAUCAAUGAUUAUAUUUCAAUUACCAAAGAUCCAACAUCUACCGCCAGAAGUUACAACUCGAUGAAAUCUGAAAAUGGCACAGAACUCAGUCUCGAUCAAAAAUUGGAUAAUAAGUUUUAUGAGUAUUUAACAUCGAGAAGCGUGAAAUUGACAAUACCGGGAAAUGCUUUUGAAGGAAGAAAAAAAAAGAAUAAGGGUUUCGGAUACAUAAUAGUAGCAGGUGCCGUGUUAGCAGGCAUGAUGGCGCAAUUAGCCUAUGGAAAAAUUGCUUUCCUUGCUGGCACGGCUUUACUGACGGCGAAAAUGGCUUUAGUUUUAAGUGCGAUAGUUGGCUUGAAAAAACUAGUGUCAAGCGGAGGAGGUGGUCAUGAAGUGAUUUAUGCUACAGCAUCGGAACAUCAUGGAGGUGGUGGCGGUGGAUAUGGUGGCUGGCAACGAACAAUGGAUGUUGCUCUAGCAAUUAGUAAUAAUGGCGGAGUAAAGUGGUGUUACGACAUACAGAGCGUGAAUGCAUCUAUGGUAAAAUGCAUCAUGCGCAUAAAAUUAUUCCAACCGGUGCUCCAAGCAUUUGCGAGUUGGAAAGCCAUCCGAGAGUCCAACAUGUCGCCGAUUAUGAUUAUAUCAAAGUGCGUGCUGCUGUUGUUAGUCUGCUGUGCUAUUCACGCCGAUGAGGACGGCGGAUUCCUUGAACGAGGAUACCGUGCUCUUUAUCGUGUCUACGAGGAGUGCGAACAUCGCAAUAUGGCCGUGUCACCGUGUUUGAAGAAGAAGGCGAUCGCUUUCUUCGAGAGACUCGGUCGUAUACAGACUUUACCGCUCAGCGACAAUCUCGAGCUGGUCCGAGUCGCUUCUGCGACGGAUGAUAGCUCGAAAAACACGGUUCCCGACCUGGAGAAGACUCUGGCUAGAACUAACGGCGGGGCCAUGGACGAAAUGCUCAACGAUAUUCUGUUCGAGCGCGUAGCCACGUUAAUGAACAGUUUCAACGUGCAGAUCAGUUUACCAAAGACAAAUUCUGGCGAAUUGAAACGAAGUAUUGAGGAGGGUCGUGGGAAAAUGAAGAAGAUGAUGGGCAUGAUGAUGAUGGGAAUGGCGAUGAAACUCGCCGCGUUAGUUCCCAUUGCUAUGGGAGUGCUCUUCCUGUUGGCAGGCAAAGCUUUGAUCAUCAGCAAGAUCGCUUUAGUCCUGUCGCUGAUCAUCGGUUUGAAGAAACUACUAAGCCAAAAGCAGGGAGGUCACGAUCACGGCGGCUGGCAGCAAGGCGGAGGUGGAUGGGACAGAAGUCUGAAGGCAGUCGUAGGCGCACCUGUACCAUCAAUGACGGAAGCCGAUCGCGAAUACGCUCAAACUUUAGCUUACAGCGCGCGGCAGGCGCGUUAA